ACAGACUGACUGCUAAUUGGGUCUUGGUUUUAGGUCUUUUCAAAGACUAAGCAAUCUUGUUCCGAGCUAGCUUUUGAGGCUUCUGCCCAUCGCAUCGCCAUGGAGGAACCAUCAGAGAAAGUCGACCCAAUGAAGGACCCUGAAACUCCUCAGAAGAAAGAUGAAGAGGACGCUUUGGAUGAUACAGACGUCCUACAACCAGAAACACUAGUAAAGGUCAUGAAAAAGCUAACCCUAAACCCCGGUGUCAAGCGGUCCGCACGCCGGCGCAGUCUACGGAACCGCAUUGCAGCCGUACCUGUGGAGAACAAGAGUGAAAAAAUCCGGAGGGAAGUUCAAAGCGCCUUUCCCAAGAGAAGGGUCCGCACUUUGUUGUCGGUGCUGAAAGACCCUAUAGCAAAGAUGAGAAGACUUGUUCGGAUUGAGCAGAGACAAAAAAGGCUCGAAGGAAAUGAGUUUGAACGGGACAGUGAGCCAUUCAGAUGUCUCUGCACUUUCUGCCAUUAUCAAAGAUGGGAUCCCUCUGAGAAUGCGAAAAUCGGGAAGAAUUAGGAGCUUACAUUGUACGCUGCCCUGGCUGUCGACGAUGCCGCACAGCAGAUGUGAAAGCUAUUUUUUGUUUAAGAUUAAACUUUUUCUGGUGCUGGGAAAUCUUAACUUGUUAACCUUUAAAUUGUAGAUAGGAUGCACAACGAUCCAGAUUUAUGUGAAGUUUAGAAGCCUCAAGCUGUGAGGCCCAGGGCUGAGGAAUAAAGUAAAUAGAAUUUGGAGUAUGUACGUUCUAAUUUCCAGAAAUUUGUAAUAAAAGCAUUUUUGUU